UUCAGGCCGAACUCUCUUCUCAACCACAUUUUUCUUUACCAAGUUUAUUUAAAAACAAAUCAAUCCUCCCGGAGAUAUGGAAAACGUCGAAUUUGAUGUGAUAGUCAUCGGAGCAGGAAUAAUGGGGAGCUGCGCGGCUUAUCAAGCUGCCAAACGCGGCCUAAGGACUCUUCUCCUGGAGCAAUUUGACUUCCUCCACCACCGCGGCUCCUCCCACGGCGAGUCCCGAACCACCCGCGCCACCUACCCGGAAGAAUAUUAUACUAAAAUGGUCUUAGCCGCCGAACCCCUUUGGCGCGAAGCCGAAGCCGAAAUUGGCUACAGUGUCUGCUUCCGGACUCCACAGCUGGAUAUGGGCCCUGCCGACGACAAGGCGCUGCAAGCCGUCGUCUCCUCCUGCCGGAGUACAUCCGUUCCGGUCCGAGUUUUGGAUCCAAAACAGGUCGAUGAACAUUUCGAUGGUCGUGUUAAGUUGCCGGAGGAUUGGGUCGGCGUCGUGACUGAGUUCGGCGGCGUUAUUAAGCCGACCAAAGCCGUUUCCAUGUUCCAAUCCCUGGCCGUUAAACACGGCGCGACUCUGAGAGACCACGUGGAAGUUAACGGCGUGGAAAGAGAUGAUCGGACGGGUGGCAUCUCCGUCAACGCAAAAAGCGGGGAUAAGUUCCUCGGCAAAAAAUGCGUAGUCACCGUCGGCGCGUGGGCGCAAAAAUUAGUGAAAACCGUCACCGACGGCCGCGUGGUGCUUCCGAUUCAGCCAGUAGAGACGAGCGUUUCCUACUGGAGGAUCAAAUCCGGCCACGAAGAUGAGUUCACCAUCGGAUCCGGCUUCCCUUCCUUCGCAAGCUACGGCUCUCCGUACAUGUACGGAACGCCGUCCUUUGAGUUCCCCGGACUGCUGAAGGUUGGUUGGCACGGCGGACGCGAAUGUGAGCCGGAACACCGCACCUUUGCGCCGUCGGCCAGUGCUUUGAGCUCACUGAAACAAUGGAUAGAGGGACGAUUCGGGGGAAAGGUGGACUCGUCGGCGCCGGUAAUGUCGCAGUCGUGUAUGUAUUCAAUGACGCCGGACGAGGACUACGUAAUUGACUUCCUGGGCGGGAAGUUCGGCAAGGAUGUCGUGGUGGCCGGUGGGUUCUCCGGCCACGGGUUCAAAAUGGGGCCGUUGAUAGGCCAGAUUCUGGCGGAUCUUGUGUGGAAGGGAUCUUCGGAUAGCUCACCUGACCUGGAUCCUUUCAGGAUUGAUCGGUUUAAGGAAAAUGGUAAGGGAAACUUGAAAGAUUUUGACCAUCAAGUAAAGAUCUAAUGCAAGUAGAGUUUCCAAGUAUCUUCAAAUAAACGUGAGAUUUUCAAGAAUAUUACUAAAAUAAAACAUAUUUACAUAAAUAUAUUUAUGACUAUUCAUUACUUCAAUGUGGUGUUGUGCUAAUCUAAGAUCAAAACUUGAAUAUGAAUUACUAUGAUUUCAUUACUACUCUAAUCAUUAGUCAUAUUUUGUAAAUCAUAUUUAUUUUGGUUAUAGUUAUGUAAUUAUUUCAAUAAACAUAUACUCC